AUGAAGAAGCUCAAGCUGACUUACCACUACCCUCCGAAGCCACCAACCGCCGCCGAAGCCACCACCGCAAAAUCUUUCAAUGCCACCAUCACCGGCCUAUCCGCCCAAGGCUUCCACCGCGAAGUCGUCGUGGCCUUUGCCUCCAUGCUCGAAUCCCCCAAUACUCACCCAGACGCCUUCACAUACCCUUCCGUACUCAAGGCCUGCGCAUCGCUCGGCCUCUUCUCCCUCGGCCUCCAUCUCCACCAACAGAUCACCGUCAAUGGGUUCGCGUCCGAUUCUUACAUAUCCUCCUCACUGAUCAACUUCUACGCCAAAUUCAGAAACGUUGGUGAUGCGCGGAAGGUGUUUGAUAGAAUGCCUCACAGAAAUAUCGUCCCUUGGACCAGCAUUAUUUGGUGUUACUCCCACGCUGGUGACAUUAGAGAUGCAUUUGCUUUGUAUAACAGUAUGCAAUAUGAAGGUAUCGUGCCUAGCCCGGUCACGAUUUUGAAUGUGCUCUCCGGGGCUAAGGAGAGUGGACAUGUCGAUGUUUUGCACGCCUGCAUUGUUAAACGUGGUUAUGGCUGUGAGUUAGCGCUCAUGAAUUGUUUGUUGAGUGCUUAUUUCAAGUGCGGAAGAGUUGAAGAUGCUAGGAAGUUGUUCGAGUUGUUGGAUGAGAAAGAUAUUGUUUCUUGGAAUAGUUUGAUUAAUGCUUUUUCUGUGGUAGGGAAUCUUAGGGAGGUCGUAUGUCUUUUUCUCCGAAUGAGGUUGAAUAAGUUAGAGCCGGAUCAGAAGACUUUUGGAUCGUUGGUCUCUUCUUUAGCAAGAGAGGGCAGUCUUGAAUUGGGAAGAGUUGCACAUGGUCAGAUAAUCGUUUAUGGAUUUGAAUUAGACAGGCAUGUUGGGACGUCGCUCGUGUAUUUGUAUUCCAGAUGCAGGAAUGUGGAUGAUGCAUUUCGAAUUUUUGAGCGAGCAGGAGAUAAAGAUGUAGUAUUUUGGACUGCCAUGAUUUCUGGGCUUGUACAGAAUGAUUCUGCAGACUAUGCGUUAAGAGUUUUCCGGAAAAUGUUCUUUUCAGGAGUGAGGCCAUCUUCUGCAACAAUGGCUAGUGUUAUUGCAGCUUGUGCACAGCUGGAUUCUAUCAAACAUGGGAAAUCAAUACAUUGCUACAUUUUACGGCAGCAAAUGGUUGUAGAUAUUACUUUACAGAAUUCUCUUGUUAGUUUGUAUGCGAAAUGUGGCCUUUUAGAGCAGAGUUUUACUGUUUUUAGCAGAAUGGAUGAAAGGAAUGUUGUCUCCUGGAAUGCAGUUGUCGCUGGUUACGCACAAAAUGGAUAUUUAAGUGAAGCAUUGCUUUUAUUCUAUGAGAUGAGGGCAGCUAACCAACUACCUGAUUCUAUAACCGUCGUUUCCCUUCUCCAAGCGUGUGCUUCAAUCGGGGCAUAUCAUCAGGGGAAGUUGAUUCACAGCUAUGUCCUCAGGAGCUGUCUCGGACCAUGUAUCCGGAUAGGUACAGCCUUAGUCGAUAUGUAUGCUAAAUGUGGCAAUCUAGACCGUGCUAGAAAGUGUUUUAGCAUAAUGCCAGAGCACGAUAGUGUUUCCUGGACUGCUAUUAUUGCAGGAUAUGGUAGUCAUGGGGAAGGGGAGGCUGCUUUGCAAAUGUUCUCGGAGUUUCUGCAAAGUGGGCGUGCGCCUAAUGAUGUCAUAUUUUUAUCUGUCCUAUAUGCCUGCAACCAUAAUGGGCUGGUUGAUAGUGGCAUGAGAUUGUUUGAGUCGAUGAUUCAUGACCAUAAGAUCGAACCAAAGAUUGAACACCUUGCAUGCGUUGUUGAUCUCCUCUGCCGAGCUGGCAGGGUACAGGAUGCAUAUAGCUUUUAUAGGAAGAUGUUUUCCAAACCAGUGAUUGAUGUCCUAGGCAUACUACUUGAUGCUUGCCGGAAUAAUGGUGAUGAAGAGCUUGGGCGUGCCGUUGUUGAGGAGAUUUCCGAAUUUGAGCAUGCAGAUGCUGGCAAGUAUGUGCAGUUGGCUCAAAGUUUUGCUUCAAUGGAGAGGUGGGAUGGAGUGGGAGAAGCUUGGAUUCAAAUGAAAUCGCGUGGUCUAAGGAAAACUCCCGGGUGGAGUAACAUUGAAUUGCAUGGUACAAUCACCCCAUUUUUCACGCAGCAUACUUCUCAUCCAGAAAAUGAGACAAUUAUCUUUGUAUUGAGAAAUCUAACUGAUAAUAUGAAGAGACUAGCAUUAACUUCAGAAUAUGAUGAUUUCUCUUCAUAUAUUGAGGUCAUUUGAGAAAUCGAGCUCCUGUUUAUGUAUCUGCUCUUAUCUCUAUUGGAGGUCCAGACCUGGCUCCAUGAAAAGCUCGGCAACUUACUUUCCCAUAUGGAUGAAACAGGUGAUACUACUAUUCAACUUCUUUCAGCCUGGUGGUCAAGAAAUUGUGUCCAUUUCUCGUCCUAAAUUAUUUUCAUAUUACGUGUUUUUGAUAUAACAUCAAGUUGGUUCCUGUUCAGUUAUAAUAGUGGUUGAUUUUGGUAAUACUAUAGAAAAUAUCAACGUUUGUCAAGUUAUAUACACUUUGGUUAUGUUCACUGAAGAAGUUGCAGUGGGGCUUUGAUUUCUGCUUAUUGAGAAAAGUAGAUUAUUAAGACGAUUGAGAAAAUAACUGGAAUUGCAAAGAUAGUUUUGUUGAGUAACUGCCGAUUAUUUGUUCAAUAGCUAAAAGAGAUCAUCAUGAUUACUUAAUCUGAACUUCUAUGGAUGAUAUCAACAAAGUUUCAAUUGAUUGGUUGCAAAAUCUAUGACAGGUAUGAGAAGGUAGGCCAGCAUACGGAAGAGCUAUUCUUAGAAUCGAGAGUGAAAUGACUGAGCUUUUGAGGAAAAUUGGGGAGAUAAAGCUCCAGUCCUUGGAGGAGAAAAAGAAGAUGAAUAAGGCAGUUGCUGAGCUUUUCAAUCUGUGUAGGAUAAGGCAAGCUUCCGUUGCAGUGAAUGUUUGGCAGUAAAGGGAGAUGGUUCAACGGACCAACGUGCCCGUUGAUGUUCGGAUCAACGCUCUCAAGAUGGAGCUUAGCCUUUGCAAGCAACAGAUUGCAGCGUCUGAUAAUGCCAUUGUAAGACAGUAAGCUUCCUUAUAGCAGACAAUAAGCAUUGGAUGCUCUUUUACUCUUUUCCAAUGGAAUAUAUAUAUAUAGCAUAAAUAUCAUAUGCAUAUUAGUCUUUGGCAUUGUGCUUUCAUUUCAUAGUGACAACAACCAAACUUGGUAUCUUCUAGUGCCGUGUGAAAAGGACACGACGAAGAGGGUGACCUAAUCGGUAAAGUGAGUGGUCUCAUGAUUGAAAGAUUAUUAUCUAAUCGAAUCCAACCACCAUUUACUUCGUCUCGAGGGGGGCUUAAGCCCCCCCCCACCGAACAGAAUCAUCAAAUUAUCGAUAUUUUGUGUGAAUCAUUGUGACAGAUGAACCUAAAAAACAUAGACAUAUAUAAUUAAUUCAGUCUACAUUUCAUACAUGACAUAAAACAGUGCUGAGAUCUUCAACAUCAGACACAUGAAACCCCUACUUAACCACUACAAGAACAAGGCAGGCAGAUUCUACUGUUUACACGACCGAUCCUCGACAAAAUCUAGCAAGCCAUGGCCACAGAUUUCCUUUUGGAAUUGUCCAAGAUCGACGAUCCAUCAACAAACUGCACUGCCUCACAAAUGUUGAUCAAAUUCUCACUCCCAAAGGCGGGCUUCACCUGACAUAUCUGAGCCUGCUGAGACUGAUACUGAUACACGCAUUCGAGUCGAAGGCUGUCUGAAGCAGCUCUAGCAUUGGUCUUCUUCUUCUACUUUCUCUUCAUCCACAAAUGGAAAGAACUUCAUGUUUAAUGCUGCAAGGAUUUUUGUGUUUUUUUGUUU